AUGAAAGUAGUUUUGUUAUUUUCUCAAGUUUUUUUGGAUUUCCGAAUCGCUGAGUUAAAGGGGAUCAUUAAGGCCCUGAAUUUAGAAUUCCCCAUCGAUCAAAUCGAUGUGGAGAAUCAUAUCUUUGUGAUCGACAUAGAUGAUGUAACUACUAUUCACAAACUUCUAUCUCGCUCUAUGCUUUUGAAAUCAGCAUAUGAGUUCUUCUAUGUCGAGGAGAGUUAUGAUGAUCUCUUGAGAGUCUUGGAAGCUAAUAAGCCCAUAUUCAAGAAGUAUGAUACGGCCGAUCAGUCGUUCUCGAUGAAGGUUAGGCCAGUUGGAAGGAAAAGAGGAUUGGAAACUCUUCCUGCCGUUGAGAAAGUUUGCGAAUGUAUAAAUUUAGAAUUAGCGCCUGUAUCAUUGAAUGAGCCUGACAAUGCUUUCGUACUGCUUGAGGAUUACGAAAAUGAGAAAAGUAAAGCUCCUCGUCGAAUUUUCUUUAAUAAACUGAUAGGUCAUGGACAGUACAGACUCAAGUCUGAUUUCAAUUUGAGAGAUCGCUGUUACAUCGGCAAUACCACAAUGGAUCCAGAAUUAUCGUUCAUUCAGGCUAACAUCACUGGUGUGAAGAACGGAGAUCUCGUGCUAGAUCCUUUCGUGGGUACAGGUGGUCUUAUUCUCUCUGCUGCUAAAUUCGGCGCAUCAGUGUUUGGUACAGAAAUAAACUACCAAAUAGCUAAAGGAUUAGGAAAAUCUUCCAGGCAAGGAGUUAAGUUCUUAACUGAAAAGGAAAGUAUCGCCGCCAAUUUUCAACAAUAUGGAAUGUCGGAUAAGCUCAUGAGUAUUAUAAUAGCUGAUGCUAGUCAACACGGUGUAUGGAGAGAUUCUCCUAUGCUUGAUGGCAUCGUUUCAGAUCCUCCUUAUGGAGUCAGGGAGAAAGGCAGAAAAAUAGGAAAGAAGGAAAGGAAAGAACACUGGACGUUACCUGGCUCCGAACACGCUGUUAGUUUCCCGGAAAAACAGAAGUACUCAUUAGAGGCUACAUUCACCGAUUUAUGUGAUAUCAGCGCUUCUGUUCUUCGGAUAGGAGCAAGAGUCUCGUUCUGGUUUCCUGUGAUUUUAGAAAGUUAUUCAACGGACUGCUUGCCUUAUCACCCAGCAAUGAUUCUGGUUGAAAAUUGUGAACAACGUCUAACUCGGAAGACCAGCAGGCGGCUGUUGACGUAUGAGAAAGUAAGAGAACCUAAGGCCGGUGAAGUAACUACGACAUCAGAAAAUAUAUUUGAGAAAGGAACCUUCAGGGAUGUUAUAUUUGUUGGGAACAACUAA